AUGUCUGUCGCUCAGGCUCUCUACCGCAGCAUGUGGCGGUGGGUGCGCUCACCCGCCGUGCGGUGCAACCCACACUUCGCGUUGCCUCUGGACAAGCUGCCCGCCUCGGUCGUUCGCGCGGCGGAAAGGCUCGAGAGCCCUCGUGGCGCUGCCGGUAGCCGCGAGCUUCUCAGGCUCGCGUGGCGCGAAGCUGCUUCCACUUCCGGGGAGGCGGCCACCGCCGCGGAGCUCGACGACGCCUUUCGCGUGCUGCGCGUCCUCGGCGAGCUGGGCGAGGAGCUGGAGGCUCUGCAGAAGAAGCGGGCGUCGAACGCGUGGCGCGUGGAUGUGGAGAUGAGGAUCGGCGAGGUGGUGCGGCACUCGCAGUACGGCUACCGAGGCGUGGUGCUGGGGUGGGACCGCAAGGCCGAGGUCGAUGUCUCGGGGUGGGACGGGCUGCGCAAGUCGUCGCGCGGAGGCGACCAGCCCUUUUACCGCCUGCUGCCCGACUACACCGACUGCGCCGAGCUGCUGGGAGGGCCGCGCGAGGUAAAGUACGUGGCGCAGGAGAACCUGGAGCGGCUCCCGCCGCGCUACACACGCGUCCACCACCCCGCCCUCCUCUCGCCCGGCGCCUCCCCGCCGGUCCGACGCGACGACCACGGCGCCUUUCUCCGCUACGACGCGACGGCGGCCGCCUUUGUCCCGUCCGACGAGCUCGCCUACGAGUACCCCGGCUCGCGGUCCCCCGGCUCGCGGUCCCCCGGGCCAGAGUCCCCCGAGUCGGAAGGGCCCUUGGGAGCCGAUGGGGCGGAGGCGGGCGAGGCGGGCGCGGCGGUGGCGGAGGCGGCACGAACCGUCGAGGCGGCGGUGACUCGCGCGUCGCAGCAGCUGCGCGACUUCGUGGCUGCCGUCGACCAGCAGCAGAUGCAGCAGCAGGCGCAGGCGAGGGAACGGCCCGGGUAUCAGGCGGAGGCGGGCUAUGGGGCGGAGGAGGCGGCGCCGGGCGCGGCGGAGAGCGAGGGGAGCGAGGCGGAGGCGGCGCAGGCGGGAGUGGCGGGAGGGGAGGAGUGGCGGGGCGGGGAGUACGGCUUCCCGGGAGGGGAGGAGCUUCCCGCGGGCGCAGAGGGCAACGGCCGCCGGCUGCUCUCGCACGUCCUCCGGCUCGCAGACACCGCCGCGGCUCACGAGCCGGCCUCGCGCGCCUCCCCGCUCCCGCGCCCCGCCUCGCUGCAGGCGGGCGGAGGCGGGGCGGGCGGGGCGGGCGAGGCGGGCGGGGCGGGCGGGGCGGCACUGCGCGAGCUCGCGGCUUUCGUCGAGAGCAACGCGGCCGAGCGAGCGGCAAAGGCGGACCGCGGAGGCAUCACGUUUGGCGUCGGGCAGGCGCUGCGCAGCAGCACAUCACACACCACAACCACUGUCUUCGCAGACCAUGUGCUGCGCCACCGCAAGUUCGGAUUCCGCGCCGCCGUGCUGGGGUGGGAGAGGAGGCCCGAGGUUGACGUCAGUGGCUGGGACGGGGUGCAGGGCUUGCCGUCGGGUGCGGACCAGCCCUUUUACCGGAUGGUGCCAGACAUGGGCGACUGCGUCGGCCUGCUCGGAGGGCCGCGCGGCGUGAGGUACGUGGCGCAGGAGAACCUCGAGGAGCUGCCUCUCUCGGAGCGGGCAAUCUCGCACGAGCUGCUGCCCCACUUCUUCGACGGGUACGACGCCGCCUCGGGCACCUUCUUGCCCGUCCAGCAGCUGCGCUACUGGUACUCGCGCGACCCGCUGCCAGACACUGGCCUCGCCGCCGCGGCCGCCCUCGACAAGCUCUCCGCGCUGCUCCACUCGCACGCGCUCGACGCGCGCGGCGCCGGUCUCCUCGAGCCGCUCAUGCUGCUGCUCGGUGCCGCGGGGUCGGCGGCAGACUCGGCGGCCGCGGAGCGCGCGGCGCUGGCGCUGCUGGCGGCGCACCCGAGCGGAGAGGUGCGCGAGCUGAUGCGCGCGUCGGAGCGGUCUGUCGAGGGGGACGACUUGCUCGCCGCGCGGGGCGCGCUCGACGAGGCGCUCGACAUCGACGGCGGCCACGCGGAGCUGUUCGCGAGGCGGGCGGCGGCGCGCCACUUUGCCGCGCGGACACUCGAGGGGUCCGCGCUGCGCGAGUUGCGCCGGUACGACGAGGCGGUCGACGCGUUCGAGGCGGCGCUGCGGCUGCACCCGUGGGCGCCGGGCGUGGUGCCGAACAUCUUCAAGGCGGAGCGGGCGAGGCGCAUCCUGGGCAACGCUUGA